AUGCAAUACAAUCCAAGAACAAAAUUAUGGACGGAAAUAGUUAAACAAGACCCGCAAGCACAAACUAUAACGCGUAAAUUGGAUCGGUGGGUAGCAAUAUCCUCGUGCUUGGAAUCGAUACAUGGAAGUGGUGGAUACUUGAGUCGCUACGUUAUAUUCUACAUUCAUGCAACUGUGGAAAACCAAAUUGGUGUAGCAUCAGGAUUACCACCAGUUUUCUAUUAUUUGACAGGCGGAUUGAAUGUCUCAUUAGGUAUUAAAGCAGGAAUGUCGAAAUUACUCACAUUGCUUUUUAGCUGUGCUAUUAAUCCUGGGGAAAUAGCUCAAUUCCUUAUCAGACCAAAAUAUGUCCUUAUACCAAAUAUGAAAACGAUAAUGUAUAAAUUCAAGGGGAAGAAAUUGCACAAGGUUAGAGUCGAGUAUAUAAAACUGUUUAAAAUGUUGAGCAUUGACACUCCUGAGCAUCAAUGUUGGGUUUCCAGAAAUAUUGCAGAUUUGCAAUGUUCUGCACAGAUUAGUGAGGAUGUUCAUAUUGAGCUUUGA